CCGCUGACGCGCGCAGCCAAGUAGUAGGACUCGAGCUGCGGACCGACGUUGAAAUGCAAUCGCGCGCGACGGCCAAGCGGCAGCCCAUCGGGCACCGGAGAGCUCGAGGGUCGGCCGUGAUCGGUCGCGGAUUUGCUCGCGAGAGCGGCCUUAACGAGCGCGCCGGAGGCGCUCGGCGCCGACGCAGCCACUUGGCUCGAUCGCUCGCUCGGCGCGAGCUUAUAUUUAGCGCCGUGGUGUUGCCCAACGCGCCACGCGACUUUUUCGCGCUCGCCUCGCGUGUCGCAAGCGGGCCGCUUCGCGGUGCGGGCUUCGGGCGCACUGGUCAAUUUAUCACGCCCUGUGCGAGGUGGCCGCUCGGAGUGCGCGUUCAAACUUGGCGCGUUCACUCGCGCACGCAUGUACACGACGCGGUUUGCAAGCUUGCGUGUGCCGUGUGCCACGCUCACGUUCCUUUUUUCACAAUUCUACGCUGAAAUCACGUGCCCGAUACCUUAAAGGGGCAUCAGUCACGUUAACAACGUGUGGCGUGUGUGUGUACUACUGUGGGCAAAAAGUAAGGUGAAUUUGUUUGUAAAAUGAAAAAUCUUUAUUUAUUCUUCUACAUCAAUGUCAUCCCCUUCGAAGUAAUCCCCUCCCGAUAAAAUACACUUAUGCCAACGUUUUUUCCAAUCCUCGAAACAUGCCAAAUAGUCCCUUUCCGGUAUAGCCAUCAGCGCCUUCUUCGAUUCAGCUCUUAUCUCCUCAAUCGACUCGAAACGCGUUCCCCGAAGUGGUCUCUUGAGUUUUGGGAAUAGCCAGAAGUCACACGGAGCCAAAUCAGGCGAAUACGGUGGUUGCGGAACGAUAUGCGUCGAAUUUUUGGCGAAAUGGUCACGAAGAACGAGUGCAGUGUGAGAUGUUGCAUUAUCGUGAUGCAAAAACCAAGAGUUGUUGGCCCAUAAUUCUGGUCUUUUUAGACGAAUUGCUUCACGCAAACGACGCAUAACGCUCAAAUAAUAUUCCUUAUUAACAGUUUGGCCGGGUGGAAGGAAUUCAUAGUGCACCACACCACGAAAAUCGAAGAAAACUGUCAUCAUGACCUUGAUUUUUUAACGACUUUGACGUGCUCUUUUCGGUCUGGCCUCGCCUUUAGCACGAUAUUCGCUUGAUUGGUCGGUUGUUUCAGGGUCGUAAGCAUAAAUCCAAGUCUCAUCUCCCGUAAUCAUGCAUUUGAGCUUGUCCUGAUAGUCAGAAAGCAUUGUUUCACACACAUCAACGCGGCGACUUUUUUGCAAGAAAUUGAGCGUUUUCGGUACCAAACGAGAUUUAACUUUUUGUAGGCCCAAAUGGUCUUUCAAAAUUGUUUUCACAGAUUCUUCUGAUAUUCCGAUCAUAUCAGUAAGGUCUCUAACAGUCAACCGACGAUUUUCGAGCACUAAUUCCUUCACUUUAUUGACGUGUUGGUCAUCUGUUGACGUCGAUUGUCGUCCGGAGCGCUCCAAGUCAUCAACACGUUCUCGACCCUCUUUGAAGUCUUUGUACCACUUAUAAACAUUUUUCUGCGACAUGGUAGAAUCACCAAAGGCCUUCCGCAACAUCCUCAACGUUUCCGCAGCCGAAAUUUCAUUCCGCAAACAAAAUUUGAUGGCACUUCUUUGCUCAAUUAAAUCAGACAUUGUAAAAAUCGAAACAUGCACUCUUGGUCGUUUGGUAAACACAAGCGUAAAUAUAUUACUGAUAAUGACAUUGACAUGAAAUUUGUCCCAGAUGUCAUUCGCAGUCCUACCAACUCAAGAAAAAAUGAACUAGCCCGAAAUGUUAAUCCCGCGAAGUUUAAAUUGAAAAUUCACCUUACUUUUUGCCCACAGUAGUAUGUAUGUAUGUAUGUAUGUAUGUAUGUAUGUAUGUAUGUAUGUAUAUGUAUAUAUGUAUAUAUAUAUACAUAGUUUCGUCUCAACUUCGUUUUUCACGCCAAUAACAGCGAACAAUUCUCACUCCAGCUUUCUAAAUGUCGAUGAGUGUAUUGGACAAAUAAUUAUAAAUGUAAAGCAUUGUACGUUGUCGAUUGUUUAAAUGUCAAAUGAUAAACGUAAAUAUGUGACCAUCCGUGACGGUAACUCAAGCGUCAUUAUUGAGUAGACCUCCUAGCAGAAAGAACAUUCCUCGUGCAAUAUAACUCUGAAUUGUUAUUAUCUAUUAUUAUGACGUUGCAAAAACAAAACACGGAGUACGGAGUAGGGUUACACGCACAGGGGGAGAGGGAGAGCGACAAACAUACGCGAUUCCAAUGUAAAUUGUAAAAGUAAAUGUCGUCCAACACCCGCUGCUCAUUGUCUAAGCUCCAGUUGCAACAAGGCCAGUCCAGUUCGAUAAUGUGCCUGUUCAGCCGCAGCUGCAUUCUGCACUUGGUGCUCGCAACAGCAGGCGUGCGUGCAUUUUAGCAACAAUAUGUCUUGUUCGCUCGCAGCCUAAUCUUCAUAUCCAUGACUUGUUUCGCCUGACAUACACUCAUAGCAAUUAAGUUGUGUAAUUGUACCUUAAAUGAAAAUCUUGCAUUGGUAACAUCGAUAAAGAAUGCAAAGAAAUACAGAUUUUCAGUAACAUUUCAUCCUAGUUUUUGUGUGAUACAGCAAUUUAGAAAACUAAUAAAAGAUGCCUGCUAAACUGAGUAAGUUUGUAAUUGAUGUUUCGUGUAAGCAAUAUGCACAUCCGUGGUCAGAUUCCUGUAUCAGUACCACUGCUGGAUUAGGUCUGCAAGCAAUACAAGAAUGCCUUAGAAUAUAUUCUACACUUUAUUUUUUAACUCUUUUGACAAAAGGAAGGGUUCCUAAUCUAACUGAUCUAAAAAAAACAUUCAUUAGCAUUUUCCAAUCAACUGCAUUUUUAUCAUGGAGUGCAUUUGCAUAUUCAAUGUUUAUUUGCAUUUUCAGGAGAUUACUUGGAAACUUCAAUAUAUUAACAGUAUCAUUUAUUCCAUCAUUUUUCUCAAGUCUAACUGCAAUAAUUUUAGAAAGGCCAUCAAGGCGUACUCUGUUGUGCUUAUAUGUUUCAAACAUUGCUACAGAGACAUUGUUUAGGAUGGCAGUUUAUAGAGGAUAUGUGCCUGUUGUACCACAAGGACAAGUGUAUAUAUUUGCUGCUGGAAUGGCAACUUUGUUAUAUCUUUUUAGAAAUAAUAAUAAUAAUUCUGAUUCUAUUUAUAAAAUAUUAAGGAUUGUACUGGGUCCACACGAAGAAAAAGGGUAUAUUUAUCAAAACAACACUCAGUUGUCAGAUACAUCUCGAAAUAAAACUGCCCAAGAUAAAGAUGAUAGAUAUCAAAAGAAAUUUUCGAAAUCUAACUUCUACAUAGUACAAAGAGCAUUAAAAUUAUAUAAAGAUCUGAUAGAUAAAAUAAAAAAAGUUGGAGGUAGACACCAUACAUGUCCACAUCCAAAUAGUUGUGUUCAUUAUACAAUGACAGGUGGAUUGAAAAUGUUCAGCAUAGGUUUCUGUGUUGAAGUUGGACUUAAAUUGAUUUUUCAACUGAAGAAUAUAAUUAAAAGACCAAAGCAUCUUCGAGAAAUAAUAUUCAAAAAAGGAAACUUAAAUUUAGCGUGCUUUCUGGGAGGAUUCGCUGCCUUAUACAAAUUAGUUUCAUGUUCACUGAGAAGAAUCAAUAAUAAAGAUUCGCCAAACUAUGCUGUAAUUGCUGGUUUAAUAGCAAGUACAUUUUUUGCAAUGUAUCCGGAUAAUACAAUUGCUCUAUACAUAGCAUGGAAGGCUCUUCAGCUUACAUGGAAUAAAGGAGUCGAGUUAGGAAAAGUACCUGAAGUUAAGUGGUUUGUGAUAUUUUUAUACUGUUUUAGUACGGCGACUUUAUUUCAUGCUGCAAUCGUAGAGCCGCAAAAUUUAAGAAUUUCAUAUUGGAAAUUUUUGUACGAUCUUUCUGGAGGAAGAAUUGCUGUUAUGUCUCGUAUACCCAUAAACGAAUUUGGUUUAGAUUCAUAUAAGCAUCUGCAAGAUAUUUUGCGGAAAACUCGGACACAUGAUAAACAUAUCUAUAGCUUUUGAAUAAGAACAUUGAUAGUUAAUGAUACUAAUGCGAUUCCUGAAUCGCUGGCAUUUGAAUGCCUGAAUCAAAUGGUGCACUGAUAUUUAGUAAUUUUUUUACAAACUACUUUUAUUAUUAGAUUAUUACAACAUGGUUUCUAGAUACAAAAAAAAUACUAUAGCAUUAACAUACUAAAUGGAGUUUAAAGAUGAAAAUAAUCAAAGUAAACAAAAUGAAAGCAUGUAGCUAUGCUACUGCAUAUUCACGUUGAACAUAGUAAAUCCAUCCAAUAAAUCAAUGAAUUUAUUGGAUGGAUAGUUCUAAUAGUUUAAUGAUGCUGAAUAAUGCAAAAAUUUCCACGUUUAUGAACUCUACUUAUUUUUUCAUCUUCUACAAUGAAACAAGUAUCAUAACAAGAUAUUUUGUAGUAUAUUUAUGUUUUAAAUUAUUGGUGAACGUUUUUUUCUUUGUUGUUGCAAUUGGAAGAUUGGUGAUAUUUGUUAGAACUUUAAUAGAAAGGGUUUGGUUAAAACAAUAAUAUUAUCAGUACAUGUUUUGAAAA